GUUAUGAACAGAGGAGCUACAAGAUGGCGCAGGCAAUAUUUGAGGUUCUGGAAGGCAUGGACAAUCAGACGGUCCUCAAUGUCCAGUCAUUGUUAGACGGUCAAGCAGGUGUUCUGGACCCCAACACACAGAAUGUCUCAGGAACGACCAUCCAACCAAUGGAUGAUGAGGACGUGUUUCUCUGUGGGAAAUGUAAGAAGCAGUUUAACUCAUUACCAGCGUUCAUGACCCACAAGCGAGACCAGUGUCAAUCCAACGCCCCAUCACUGGCCACCGUCUCUCUGGCCUCCAACAAUGCCUACACAUCUGUACCUUCCAUCAGCACGGGUCCACAGCUGCCCCCUAACAGACAGGUCUCUACGUACAUAACCGUGCCACAGUCUCCUCUCACACACACACUGGUGCAGGGUAACGUGUUGGUCAGUGAUGAGGUGUUGAUGUCGGCCAUCUCAGCAUUCGGCUCUCUGGAUCAGCCAAUGGCCACCAUGCAUGGAUCCAUACAGAGUAAUCUCAGUAUGCAUGCGGGAACCUCGUACCUGCAGCACCAUCAGCAGCCUCCACAGCCCCUCCCACACAACCAGACCACGCCCCUUUCCUCACAGGUGCCCUCCAGUAACAGUAAUUCAAUAGUGCAGGUGUACAGCACACUGUCGUCUAUGGUUGGAGGUGGUACUGCAGAGGUGCCUACACUGGGUCUGCAGUCAUUUCAGUCUGUUCAGGUGCCCAGUCAGUGUGUGGAGAGUCAGGUGUUCAGCACGGCUUCAGUGUACAGCCCUGGAAAACAGACCACCAAAAACAAAUCCUGCACCAUCAGCACAAACCUCUCUGAGCUUGGAGAAUACGACAAGGUCAUCAUCCCCAAGAGAACCAGAACCUCCAAGAAAACCCUGGAUGGUCAAACAAAAGGAAAAGCUCAGAAACUCAAAUGCAAUUACUGUAGCAAAGUAUUUACCAAGAAUUUUGACCUUCAGCAACAUAUUCGCAGUCACACAGGUGAGAAACCCUUCCAGUGUAUCGUGUGCGGCCGAGCCUUCGCUCAGAAGUCCAAUGUGAAGAAACACAUGCAGACACACAAAGUCUGGCCCACUGGAGUCCACAGCAGUGCCUCCAGGUUGCCCAUCACAGUACGAGUACUUCCAAUGAACAACGACGAGAACUCGCAGCAGACGGAGCAAGAGACACAGGAACAAGCUGUAGAGGAGAGAGACGGUGAGACGCAGGUGGAGACACAGAGCUCGGUGGAGGCCAAACAGACUGGAAACCAGAACAAACAGAUCAUCCUGAUCGACAGCUCAUAUCAGUGUCAGUUCUGCUCGACCAAAUUCAGCACCUACUUCCAGCUUAAGUCUCACAUGACCCAGCACAAGAACGAACAGGUGUACCGCUGUGUAGUGAAGAGCUGCUCUCAGACCUUUCAGAAGUUGGAUCAGUUUCUCGAGCACAUUCACACACACCAAGAGCAGCUGACGUACCGCUGUCACCAGUGCAGUAAAGUGUUUCCUUCGCUCUUUGACCUGGGACUACACCAGUACUCGCACAGCUUCUGUCCUCAACAGAACCAGCGCAGAGACACCAACUACUACGGGUUAAACCCACAUACACCACAACAUUACAUCUUUAACAUCUGCAUUCAUGCAUUUGGCAGAUGCUACCAGUCAAGCCAAAUGAACACUUUGAAUACAAGUUUUGUUGUCGUUUUUGUGUACAGAUGUAUGAAGUGUCAGAGUAAAUAUUCCACACAGGAAGCUCUUGAACAGCAUCUGCUGAACGCGAUACAUAACUACCCCUGCCCUCAUUGCCAGAAGGUCUUUCCCUGCGAGCGGUAUUUACGCAGACAUCUCCAGACGCACGGUGUCGGGGGGAAAUUUAAAUGUCAGAUUUGUAAAAAGUUCUUCAAAACCGAACACUACCUCAAACUACACACACAGAUCCACUCAGGAGAGAAGCCGUAUAAAUGUUCUGUGUGUGAGGCCACCUUCAACAGGAAAGACAAAGUGAAGAGACACAUGCUGAUUCACGAGCCUUUCAAGAAAUAUAAAUGCCCCUUCAAAACUCACGUGGGCUGCACCAAAGAGUUCAACCGGCCGGACAAACUGAAAGCUCAUAUUCUCUCUCAUUCAGGUAUUAAACCAUAUAAGUGCCAGUUCUGUCAGAAGUCGUUCAGUCGUCGCGCACACAUGCUGGAGCAUCAGCGCUCGCACACAAAUAACUAUCGCUUCCGAUGCGCCGCCUGUAACAAGGGCUUCACCCGCAACAAUUACUACAGAGAACACAAGUGCCCGCUGGCAGGGGCUCCAACAGGGGACAUGGAGGGGGCACAAGGGUCGCAAGGACAAGGGAACAACAGCGAGGGUACAGGGGACGGAUCACCUGACAUUGAACCAGAUGAACACGGAGAAACUGCAGAUGAGGAAGAGGACGAGGAUGGGGAGACGCAGCAGGAUGAAAUUACAGGAAUGACUGGAGAACAGAAGCAGAUGGGAGGAGAGGAGGAGGAGGAAGGAGGGAGGGCUGAUGGUUUGGAGGGCGGGGCAGGGCUGGAUCACAUGCAGGAAGGAGGCGGAGCUAUCAGGCUGCUGUCUGAACCCAUGUGCUUUCAAACAGAUGACUGAUGGAGAACAUCGAAAGAGAUGCAGCUGAAGUGAAAUGCAAAAAUGAGGAUUUCUUUUGUUUGGCAAACAGGUAGUCCCGCCCCCAAAAUUACACCGUUGGUUAAGCCAAUGUGUUGGGCUGCUCAUACUAAUUGCAAUUCCGUUUGGUUCCACUAGAGGUGAGAAAAUGACACACUGCUGAUUGAAAUUUAGGCCUCUGAAUACAUGCUGGUACAAAGAUAUUUAAUAUAAAUUAAGAUAUUGGAAUGGGUGACGUGGUCUGUGAUAUUCCCUGCACUCAAACCGAGUUUGUUGUGUCAUCUUGUUUACAAAUCUUCAGUUGGCAGAGCUUCACAAACCUUAGAUGGCUUUAGGGACCUUCGAAGUCAGUGAUGUUUUCUAUUAGCUAUCGAAAUUCAGGGUGGUCGACCAAUAUGGGCGCACUGAAGCAACCCCAGAUCAUAACACUGCCUUAAAUCCAAACUGUGACUUAUUCUUGGUUUUUUGGGCUAAAGUGUUGACUAUAAGUGUUGACCUAAUCUAUUGGUGGAUUUUGGAAUUGGCUUUAAUAUCAAAAUGGCCAAAUAUCGCCAGAUUAAUCAGCCUGGCUGAUAUAUCGGUCCAUCCCCGUUUAUAAUCGAUAAAGUUUUGUUUUAUAUUAAAACGUUACUGCUCAUUUCUUUUUUUCUCAGCGUUGAGAACUCCAUCUUGUAGAUACCGUUUUGAUAAUAAACAUGGUUGAUUGUCUACAGUUGUCGUUUGUUUACCUUCUAUGUUGCAUGUCUUGCACUUUGGCCUAACAGAUAUGACUUUAGCGAACACCAGCGCAAGGAAAUGGCCAAAUCCAUCUCUGUUCAGUUACAGGGGUGUUCACAAAGGACGCCGCCAUGGAGCGAAUAGUUAUUCAUUUGUUUGUCUACGACACGUGCGUAAGAGUGGACGUCUUUGACCGUUGUUUUUCAGCACCUCACGCCAUGAGCAUUGUUUUCAAGACGUAUUUUAAAACACUUAGUUCCAUUUCAUUGUUUUUGUCCUCAGGAAAGUAUGCUGUGUGAACGCCCCCUUUGAGGAUGCACUUUUAAUAAUGGUUUCUUAUAGGCAGUAACUACAUCUGAUGAGAAAAACACCAAAUGCAAAAUGUUUCCCAUUGAAUUAUUUAUUCAGUAUUUGUUUUUUCUUCACAUUUAUCUAGUAAAUAAAUCUCUGAGGUGACUCUGAAGGCAGUCACUUCUACUUUAUUACUAAAAUCGUUUUAUUUACUUUUAUUUUUUCAUUGUAUGUAUUUUUUAGGAGAACGAGUAUUCACACCAUGUACAGUAUUCGGCUCAUAUACAGAGUGAAAGUGGUUUGAUUUACACGGAGCAGUUGGAAGAAGAGAAGAAAUCAUAAAAAUAAGUCAUAUCACAGUUAACAACAAUCAUCCCAAGGAUUUCAUUUGUUAAAAUCUGGUUAUGGAUCAGUAACUGUUUUCCAAUAAAUAUUCAACGUUGCUUUCUAUGCUGAAAAUCAAACAGAUAUCGAUCCUUAUCAGAUGCAUCCAAGUGAUUAUUCAUAAGCCUUCACCGCUAAAUAAUUUUCUUGUUUCCAGUAAAAAUAUCAACAUAUCCUGAAACAAAGUCAAUUGACAUGUUUUCCGAGAAUAUAAUAAAUAAUGGGUUUAUUUCUUAGUUUAUGCAUAAAUCCAAUUCGUUUUAGAUUUAUGCAUAGACAUCUUAUGCCAUUUUGCUUCUGGAUGUUUCAAUAUUUUUACUGAAAGUCAAGACAACAAAUACUGCCUUUAUUUAUUUAUUUAUUGCAGUGAUUAUCACUCAUAAUGUGCUGCACUGAACUACAGUACUGUGGUAAAUCAUGACAGGCUUUUGUGCUCAACAGCGCCGGUUUAGACUAAAAUCACUUUAAAUGAUCCCAGAAGCAUGGACAACUGCUCUCUGAACAGCCGAAGAGAUCUCCAGAAUAUGUAAAAAUGUACCUGUAAAAUUCAGACGUCCUAUAGAACUAGAGCGUUUGAUACUCUUGAUGUUCUUACAUAAAUGCUGCACUCAAACCCCGUGGAAAUUUAGUCCAAAAUAAUAAAUUGCAUAAUGAUUUCAGUGAAAUAAUUCAGUACUCUGAGCUUGUGCUUACAGACGACUGAAAUCAGCCACAAUCAGAGAUGGAGGUAUUAAAACUCCUGGAAUACUCUACAGGAAAUCCUUGAGUUUCCAGGCAUCACGGGAAUAUUUAUAAUUGUUUUACCAUUUUAAAAUUGGAUAGCAAUCUGUUUAACACUUCAAGGGUGAAUCUCAACAAGAAUUGCUGUGUGUUAAGACAAUUAAGCCUAUUUUUUAGAACUAUAAAGAUUUUAUUUUUGCAUUGUGACAUUAAAGCAUUUACAGUUGAAGUCAAACGUUUACAUACACUGAGGUUGAAGUCAUUAAAACUCAUUUUUUAACCACUCCACUGCUUUCAUAUUAGCUAACUAUAGUUUUGGCAAGUCGUUAAGAACAUCUACUUUGUGCAUGACACGAGUAAUGUUUCCAACGGUUGUUUACAGACAGAUUGUUUCACUUUUAAUUGACUAUAUCACAAUUCCAGUGGAUCAGAAGUUCACAUACACUAAGUUAACUGUGCCUUUAAGCAGCUUGGAAAAUUCCAGAAAAUGAUGUCAAGCCUUUAGGCAAUUAGAUUCAAAUAAGAGGUGUACUGAAUUGGAGGUGUCCACAGUUAAACGUGUCCUAGUCCUAUAUCGACAUACCCUGAAAGUGUGAAAAGUGCAAAUCAAUCCCAGAACAUCAGUAAAGGACCUUAUGAAGAUGCUGGAGGAAACAGGUAGACAUGUAUCUAUAUCCACAGUAACACGAGUCCUAUAUCAACAUCACCUGAAAGGCUGCUCAGCAAGGAAGAAGCCACUGCUCCAAAACCACCAUAAAAAAGCCAGACUACAGUUUGUAAGUGCACAUGAGAACAAAGAUCUUACUUUCUGGAGAAAUGUCCUCUAGUCUAAUGUAACAAAUAUUGAAUUGUUUGGUCAUAAUGACCAUCAUUAUGUUUGGAGGAAAAAAGGGUGAGACUUGCCAACCGAAGAAAACCAUCCCAACUGUGAAGCAUGGGGGUGCAGCAUCAUGUUGUGGGGGUGCUUUGCUGCAGGAGGGACUGGUGCACUUCACUUAAUAGAUGACAUCAUGAGGAAGGAAAAUUAUGUGGAUAUAUUGAAGCAACAUCUCAAGAAAUCAGCCAUGAAGUUUAAGAUCAGUCUCAAAUGGUUCUUCCUAAUGGACAAUGACCCCAAGCACACCUCCAAAGUUGUGGCAAAAUGACUUAAAGACAACUGAGCAAGGAGGUCUACAACCCUGACUCAGUUACAUCAGUUCUGUCUGGAGGAAUGGGCCAAAAUUUCCAGCAACUUAUUGUUAGAAGCUCGUUGAAGGACCCAAAACAUUUGACCCAAGUUAAACAAUUUAAAGGCAAUGCUGCCAAAUACUAACAAAGUGUGUGUAAACUUCUGACCCACUGAGGAUGAGCUUAAAUAAAUAAUUCUCUCUACUAUUAUUCUGACAUUUAGUGAUCCUAACUGACCUAAAAUAGGGAAUGUUUUCUAUGAUUAUCAGGAAUUGUGAAAAACUGAGUUUAACUGUAUUUGGAUACGGUGUAUUUAGACUUCUGACUUCAACUCUAUAUACUAUUAAAAAUAAUUUUUUUAAAGCAACAAAAAUUAAAUUCAAUACAACAACUACUAUUAUAUUUACAUUGUAUAUUACAAAUGUACAUUACAAUUGAAAUCAUAUAAUGUUUCCACAUUACAAUAUUGAGCAUUUUGGGGGUAAAAGUCACUAAAUUGCCAUGAAAAUAAUGUAAAAAUGCAAAAUAAAUU